AUGGACGCAUUUUCUUCCGUGGCCACAACAACGCCAUCGAGGCGGAAGUGCCGGGAUCCUUCUCGACGAUGCGAACACCUAUGUUGUAACGUGCUGUUAUAUUUUCCGUUGGCGUUUGUGUAUGGGCUCACGACAUGGUCUGUAUUUGUCGAGGCACGCAUAGGAAUGCAGUCGUCAAAAAGUAGGUGGUUUGGUCCUGCAACAUCGGUUCUAGGAAUAAUUCUUUACCUUCUUUCAAAUACAUGCUAUACUGUUGCUGUCUUCACGGACCCGGGUUCUCCUUCAACAGGACCUUUGAAGAAUAAUUAUGCAAACCGACAUGAAUAUAGCUCCCUCCCCUCCAUAGAAGCACCGGAUUUCGUGUCCCUGACGGUAAACUCAACUGGUGGUAGAAGGUUCUGUAAAAAGUGUCAGAAUGUCAAACCGGAUCGGACUCACCACUGCUCGUCAUGCAAGCGGUGUGUCCUCAAGAUGGAUCACCAUUGCCCUUGGCUAGCUACCUGCGUAGGAUUUCGUAACUACAAAGCAUUCCUGCUAUUCUUGAUAUAUACAUGUUUGUUUUCCUGGUUAUGCUUUGCAGUUUCUGCAACCUGGGUUUGGACAGAGAUUCUGGACCAGACUCAAUACAUCGAAUCAUUCGUUCCGGUCUCCAAUAUUCUACUGGCUCUCAUUUCUGGGAUAAUUGGCCUUGUCUUGUCGGCGUUCACGAUCUGGCAUAUUACCCUUGCGGCAAGAGGGUUGACUACGAUAGAAUGUCUAGAAAAGACUAGAUACCUCGCUCCUAUCCGCAGAUCAUUUGAUCGUUACCGGCAAGAAGGGGUUAGCCCUGCUCCUGGACAGAUGGAUCACAGCCAUGGCCAUCGAUUCCCUGUUGCGCGUUCCAAUGCCACCCCUGGUGUCAUACGAGCUGAAGAGGGCGAAGAACGGAGUUCGCCAAUCGUUCCCAGUCGACGAUCCGAUGACCCGGAGCAGGGACAAACAUACGGAAAUCACAAUCAACCACUAUCACCCGCACAACGAUCACUUCAUCAUUCCUACGAAGAACUUGAGAACGCUCGUGAAAGAGCGCGAUAUGACGAAUAUCUCGACGAGCAAGAUGAAGAAAAUCUCCCACAUGCAUUCGACUUAGGUUGGCGCCGUAACCUGAGACAUCUCUUCGGCGAAAACCCUCUCCUCUGGGCGCUACCCUUAUGUAACACCACCGGUGAUGGCUGGCAUUGGGAAACAAACUCCAACUGGCUUGAGAUAAAGCAAAGAAUAGAGAGUAGAAGAAUUCAACGGUUAAACCAUUAUCAGUCACAACAUCAGCGUCCGGCCACUGUCCCACCACCUUCACAAUAUGAAAACUGGCCAUCUUCUACCCAUACAACAUCUACACACCAUAGCAAUGUCUCACGACGACUUGGUAAUGGCGACCCAUUUUCCAAUGGAGCAACUAAUACGCAACGGCCGGGAACUGGCCUUUCGAUGAAGACUCUGCAUUCCAUCUCUCCCCAUCCUCGCUCAGGGGAGGUUGUGUCAGAGAAUGAAAGCACGCCUGAUAAACAGCAGGGUGGCUGUAGUGUGCCUGGGCGUUCUACGAGCGAGGAUGAAUGGCGGCAUUGGGAUUGA